AGAGCUGCUGAGCAGGCAGAUUGGUAGAUGCUUGAUUUUAGCGUGCCAUAUUUUUUACGUUGUCCUUUAGUCUUUCUGACAUUUGCUUGUCACUAUUUUGUGGACACACUUGUUGCGCUCUGUUUCACUCUAUGUUUUUGUGUUUCUCUGGCAUGCAACUGCUUUGUAGUCCAAACAAAUACCACUCCACGCAUGAUGGCUGCCAGCUUAUAUGCAUAUUGUUUGUUCCGAUCAACAUGAGAAUAUGAGAUUGGAUUGAAUUGAGAUUUUGGAAUUGGUACUGCAUGAGAGCUCCCAGGAAUACUGUGUGCAGGAAGUGAUAUAUUGAGAUAGGACUGAAUCGCUUCUUGGAGUUGAAUAUGAUCAAGACAAUGAAGACACUAUAGAUGCAAAGUUUGCUGCUAGCUUGGUAACCUUGAAGAUGAUCGAAGAGUCAUCAUCUCCAGCAUUGGAUGCUGACAGGAUAGAAGUUCCUUCACCGAAGGAAGAAAAUAAUUCAACAAAUUCUGAAGCUGCUACAGAUACUGAAGACUUUGAAAUCAGUGACGACGAUGAUGAUGACCGCAACCACAAGCACCGAAGACGGGAGGCUAGACCACAAUCUGAUGAUAAUACAGAGGAGCAACAUCCAGGGAUCUCUAUCAAAAAAAGGAGCAGGGUUUCUGGUAAUGGGCAACCGUUUGGCGGAGCUGGUUCUCAAGGCGAAUCACAGAAGGAUUUUAUGCCAAAAUUCAAGAGGCGUCCCGGAGCAGGAGCUCACAGUCGAGCGCCUAGAGUGAACCAAUCCUUCCGAGCCGAUUCAUCAGCUUCUGUUGCUGCUCGCCCUCCACGAGGAAGAGGACGGAAUGGUGCACCCUGGACUCAGCAUGACCCAAGAUUUAACACCCUUGAUAUGAUGGAUUUUGCAUCCCAGAUGGCUCCACAAGGACCACCUGCACACCCUAGCUUAUUUAUGGGCGCUGCAUUGCCAAGUGGUCCAUAUGGAUUUAUGCCUGGAAUGCCUCAUGGAAUUUUGGAUCCAAUCCACCCACUUGGGAUGCAAGGUCCUAUUCAGCCUGCAGUAUCUCCUUUGAUUGAUCUUGGCCUGCCUCGUCAACGCUGUAGAGACUUCGAGGAACGUGGAUUUUGCCUGAGAGGGGAUAUGUGCCCCAUGGAGCAUGGUGUUAAUAGAAUUGUUGUUGAUGAUAUGCAGAGUCUCUCGCAAUUCAAUCUUCCAGUAUCUGUUCCAAAUACUCAAGGACUGGGAAUCCAAAAUGAGGGAGGUACUGGUUCGGUCAGUAAAAGUGUUCCUGCAAAAGAGGUCAAAUCUGGUGUUGCAAGCGACGCAGUAAAGCUAAAUGGAAGCACCACUUCAGCUGUUGCUGAUGCUGAUGUAUAUGAUCCUGAUCAGCCUCUAUGGAACAAUGAACACCCAGAAGCUUCAUGUGCUGGUUUUGUACAUACUGAUGCUGGAAUGUGGAAUCCUGAAUCCUCAGGCUAUGAAAUGGGGCAGGAGCAUUCAAACCAGGUUUUUGCUACUGAUGGUUCGCAGGGUUUGAAGUCUUCUGUUUGGGGGCGGAUAGCAUCAAAGAGAAAAUCAGGGACUAGUAACACAGCUAAAAUUACAUCAACAAGUACCACCGGAAACCAAAAAAGUGAUUAUGAUGAGAUGGCUCCCAGCACGGCCCAAUCAAAGUCUGCUGCUGCUAAGGAUACUAAUGGUCAGUCCAAUUCGAGAAUAUAUGGAGACGUGGGCCGGCAAAGUAAUCGAGCUGCUCACAAAGCAUCCCGUACACUUUAUGUACAUGGAAUUCCCCAAGAAAACAACAGAUGGGAGGCCCUUCUCUCGCAUUUUCAGAAGUUUGGUCAAGUAAUAGAUAUUUAUAUCCCAUCUAACAGUGAAAAAGCUUUUGUCCAGUUCUCAAAAAGAGAAGAAGCAGAAGCUGCCCUGAAAGCUCCGGAUGCUGUUAUGGGCAACCGCUUUAUAAGGCUAUGGUGGGCCAACAGAGAUAGGAUUCCUGAUGAGGGAGAGGGUAGAAUCCCUGCAAAGUCUUCCCAAUCGUCUACUAUGCUGGCCAAUUCUGCCCCUCAACCAUCUUAUCCCAACAGAGUCAAGGAAAAUGUUCAAUUAGCUCCAAGGCCCAGUUCUGGAUCUUCUGCUGAACCAUUGAGUUCUGGUACAGGUUCUAAAACGCUAUCGACAAGCAGUAUAAAACCAAUACCCAAUGCUCCAAAAAGGCAUGAAAGUCUAGAACUACUGGAAGAACUUCGCAAAAAACAGGAGAUCUUAGCUCAGAAGCGUGAUGAGUUCCGCCGCCAGUUAGAGAAACUUGCAAAACAAAAAGGUUCAGCUAAUUCAGUUAAGCAUGCCGAGGCCAGUGGAAAAGAAGUUGCUUCAAAUGAUGCAUCAAAAGUAAAAGAUGCAAGGUCCAUGAGCGCCAGGGCUGAAGGAUCACAGGAAGUUGCUGGAUCAUUGGAAAAGCAAAGCUCUGGAGAGUUGGCUUCAUGCUCUCAAAAAUCUGCUGAGAUAUCCACACAGAAAUCAGCAGUGGUUACGAAGCAGACUACUCUGUUAGUACCUCCACAGAAUAGGUUUAAGCUUGACAAUCGAACCACAUCAUUCAGAAUUCUUCCACCUUUGCCGUCUGAAAUUGCAAAUGAAUCUAUCUUGGCAGACCAUUUCUCAUCAUUUGGGGAGCUUUCAUCUGUUGUCCUGGAACAUACUGAAGCCCAUAACCAUGAUGCAACCUUAAAACCAUCUCUGAGUUGUUCAGCAUGUGUGACUUACACAACACGGCAAUCAGCUGAGAAAGCAUUUAUUGGUGGUAAAUCUUGUAAAGGGCAUACUCUACGGUUUAUGUGGUUAACGGCAUCUCCUGGCUCAAAUAACCAUUCUAGACCUCAGAAUACUUCAAUUCCUAUCAGGGCCUCCAGCCCUGUUGGGAAAAUCUCAUCUACUGCCACAUCUUGUACGGCAGCCAUUCCUCAUAAUAAAUCCAUUUCGACUGCCGAAAGUGCAAAGACUUCUCCAGUUGGAAUUUCCAAAGCUUCAGGUUCUAGUUCCUCUCUAUCGUCAAAUGAUGAGUGUCCUCCUGAACAUGGUUCAACAAGGGAUGUUAUCUCAGAUUCUGCUCUUCCACAAUGAGGUUGAUGGUGGUCGGACGAGUUGGUGUUCAGAAGCUUGGAUUUGGUGGCUUGGUUGUUACAUAAAUCUGCACCUAGCCAAAUUCCCCUGCACAUUUCAAGUUAUUGGAAGAUCUUUUGAAGACCUUGGUAUGAAUUUUGGGGCAGCAUGGGUAAGACCCAUAAAAGGGAAAGCGGAUGGUUAAGAAAAAGAAUUCAAAUGUACACUGGGCCUUUUACCGACAUUGGGAAUCACUGCCAAAUCUUCUCAUUCUCCACGAGAAAAAAAAUGAGGUGUGCUAGAUCAUCUGUGCACCUCAGUAUGGAGUAGCAUUAUGCUGAAAGCAGUUAAUGUUAUGCUAGUUCUGUAGAUUGUAGCUCCUUGCUGAAAGCAGCUCCGUGUGGAUUCUGUUAUGACUUGUGAGCUCACUGAACACCAAACUCGUAACCCCAUCUAGGCUCUCAUCCCCAAAACUUCUGUUGUGCAUACCAAACUGAUAGGGCAUACGUAACUGACCCAUUCAAUGCAAAUUUUGUGUUUACUUGUCA